AGGGAACACAGCAAAAACCGGCCAAAGACGGCCAUCUUGGACAAAAAUAGUUGUGAAGUUUAUGGUUCUUUUCGUUGUUCUUUCGGUACAUCUUUCGUUCGUCGGUUCUUCUCUUGUCGCAAAAUGGCAACGAGAAGGACAGGGCAACUAGUACAGCGUAGCACGGCCUCUAGUGGAAUUUCACCCGAGGAUAACCCGGACAUCGAAGGUAACGAAGGUUACGAGAGCGACGAAGAGACAGGCGACAGAAAAGAAACUCGACUCACUCUGAUGGAAGAAGUGCUACUGUUAGGUCUUAAGGAUAAAGAGGUAAAUUUUAGAAGCUUUCGUUUGUCCUUGAUGUCGUUAGGUCUCUACAUAAUGAACUAUUUCGCUCCUGAUCGCUAGGGUUAUACGUCAUUUUGGAACGACUGCAUUUCAUCUGGUCUGCGUGGCUGUAUGGUGAUUGAGUUAGGAUUGCGCGGAAGAAUCGAACUCGAGAAGACUGGAAUGCGGCGAAGGAGCUUGCUUAACAGGCGGGUUUUAUGCAAGAGCGAUAAUUUAACUGGCGAUGUACUUUUGGAUGAAGCCUUAAAGCACAUUAAAGAGACCGAUCCCCCAGAUACUGCGCAAAAUUGGAUCGAACUACUAAGCGGUGAGUGAGAAAACGUAAUUAUUCAUGUCGUCAUCUUCUUGCCACCAUAUUCAAUUUGGUAGAAUCAAACACCAUGAAAAAUUCCUAUCCCUGUCUUUUCGUACAUUGCGUUUUUUCGCCGCAUUUAGCCCACGAAACAUCCCGAUCUGCUUUUAAACUUAUUAUUUGUUUUCGUUGCCUAUGUUGAACUUUUAUGAGUUAAUCCCAUGCGUCGAUUACGUGUUGAUAAUCCAAAAAAGCUAAAAACUAAGUGUUUUCUGGUUUAUGUUGUGCAUUUGGAUACUGGAAAGUAUAAGAAUAAGAAUUUUUCUCAAGAGACUGAAUUUUUGGAGGUUUUAAAACAGAUCGUGGUCGGCAUUGGAUACGGUGAACGUGUCACUGUUUAGCAUAUAUCUGUAUAUAAUGUUUGCAGAAUUAAAAAACCUUUUCGGGUCAAUUUUAAAGUUACGACCUAUAACUUCUCCUCGUAGAUCCUUAAUACUUGUACCGCGUUAGUAACACUUGUUGAGACAUUUUUGUAAUUUGAUUGCAUUUGGGAAAAUAAUACAGACUUACAUGUGCGUCUGAAAUUUCUGUAGGAGAAACAGUAGCUUCUACAAAACUCAGACAUUCUUUCUGCUUGUUACACAAAUUCCUUCUUAACUACAUCCAUGUGACAUGAAAAGAAACCUGUGAGCAUGUAUCCAGCCGUUGAAGAUACUUUAAAAUUGGUGUGCGUCAAAUCAGGAUAUGAUCAUUGGACCUUUUUGAAUUUUAAUGAAUUACAGUGUAUGUGAUUGCAGUCACAUGAAAAAUGUCGCUUUUCAACCACAGUAACAGACCAAAAUAAUGACAUCUUGAAAAAUUGAUAUUGCACCCCAGAAAAUUUAAAAGUAAAAGCAGGGAACAGUAAUGUUUCCUUUUAAAAAAGAAGCCUCUUUUACCAUCAGGAGUUUCAAUAAAAAUUGAAGUAGCGGGCAGGUUUGACCAACUGUAUCAGCAAGGGGCAUGCUUCCCCAGAAAAUUUUGACACUUCAAAGCCUUAAAAUGUGAUUUUUAGCAUUCUGGGGACUAAACUGAUGACAGAAGAGUGUAUCUCUCAUUCAAGAAAAUGCAGCUUUCAUCCAUCUUUUUGAUUUAUCAGUCACACAGUCAAUUCCUACAAUGAUAACUAAAUUAUGUACUUUUGCACAUAAACAAAUUCUGUUUAAGCCUGUGAAAAAGUGACUAAAAUAUAGAGUUCAGAUGACUGCAUGAUGUAAAACUAGUGGGCCUUUAUGAAAACACAUCAUAAUUAUGUUUUCAUUCAGAUUUUAUGAUAUAUUAUUCAAACUAGUUGCUUAGUUGCUUGUAAGAGCUGACUUCUAUGAGCAAAGUAGCUGAAGCAUUUUAUUGCCCGUCAGUGCGUAUUGAAACCCCUGAUCUUGAUCCACUAACCAAGUGAAUUUUAGCUUUGUUGUCAUUUUGUUAGAUGUGCUGUGGUGCAACUUUGAGACUGGUUCAAAUUAUAUUUUCCUUUUAAUAUUUCAGAUAUUAUCAUCCAUCACAAUAUCCCAAAACCUUUGAAGUAAAAUUUGCAAGGUUGCAUUUGAUUAUUUCUCUUGAAAUUUUCAUUUAUAAUAAUAAUAAUAAUAAUUUUAAUAAUCAUCAUCAUUGUUAGGCAAAUUAAUGCUUUUUAUAUUUUGUUAUCUUUUACGAUGAUUUUUAUAUUUUAAAGAAUUUUGGCGGACAAAAAAUAAAAUUUGGCUAAACAUUUCUGUGUUGGAGUCAAAUCAAUCCUGUCAGUAAUUCUCUGGAGUCAUGGAUAUAUUUUUGAAUUCAAAAAAUGCCAAAUUUGCUGUAUUUUUUUAUCCGUUAGUCCCCCCUGUAAAUUUUCUUGUUGCUACAUGAAAUUUAGUGUUGUAUUCUUGAACAUAUUUUUUAUUUUUCCUGCAGGAGAGACGUGGAAUCCCCUAAAACUUAGAUAUCAGCUCAGGAAUGUGCGUGAGCGACUUGCAAAGAAUCUUGUUGAGAAGGGAGUGCUCACAACGGAGAAACAGAAUUUCCUCUUGUUCGACAUGACAACACAUCCUCUUGUGGAUUCAGGUCUCAAACAAAAAGUUGUAAAAAAAGUUCAGGAUGCAGUCUUAUCAAAAUGGGUGAAUGAUCCUAAUAGGAUGGAUAAAAGAGUGCUGUCAUUGAUUUAUCUUGCACACUCCUCUGAUGUUUUGGAGAAUGCAUUUAAUCCUCUCUCUGAUGACGAUUAUGAACUAGCAAUGAAAAGGGUUCGAGAUCUCUUAGAACUUGAACCCGAGGAGCAAGCACAGAAGCCAAAUGCUAACGAGGUCAUGUGGUGUGUAAUUUCAGCUUUCAUUAAAUAAAUGGGCUGGACUAGGUAGGACCAAGCAACUUAAAGGUAAUGAAAUCAUAGAUAAGGUCAUCGCCUGGGCACUAAUGAGCUGCUGUAUUAGACCAGAAUGCUGACUAACUUGUAGUUUAGUCUUAGUGCUCAUUCGUAUAAGUAACGUAUUCACUGGUUAUUAGUAGAUAGCAUUGGUUUUUAUGGUAAUUAAAAAACGACUUAGGAGUUUUGUGGAGAUUCUCUUCCAUCUGUGAUGCUACACAUUUCUAUGUUGUCAAAAUAAUGCUGUGUAGCUUUGACUUGGUCAUAGGAAGGAAUGUGAGAGGUGUAUCAAAUCAAUUGAACAUAGAAUAAAAAUGUUAAAUUACACCUCACAAUGGCUGUUUUCCAUCCAUCUUAUAUACGUUAAGAAAAGCAGCUGCAAUAAUUAAGUCCUCUUCGCUGUAGCUUGAAAUCUUAUCAAUGCCACCCCAAGUUUGGUAAUAGUAAUACCAGUCAUUAGUAACUGAUUAGAGUAGAUUACAAUGUAUCUUUUGUUACCUCUCCAGUUUUCCGAGAUAUUUUUGACAAAUUUGUGACACCUUUGAUCUUAAUAUGUCGACUUCUGGGCCAUGGAAAUUUGUUUGCAUUGACCAGGUAGUGCCUUAUUAUAUUACUAUAAAGCUGUUCUAAACUGUAUGAUAACAAACAUAAUAAUUAUUUGAUUGUGAAUAUAAUUCUUCCAGGUGUCACACACACCACCGAAAUGCUUCUAGUUAUGGACUUUUACCCUGAACUUUCAUUAAAAAGCCUUACAGUUUUACUAAAUUAGUUGCUUUUCUGCACCAAUCUUCCUCUUAAUCCAAAUUUUAAUUUCCUAUAAAGUACAAUCAUUCUUUGAUAGGCAUCGCUGAAAUGGUAGAUACAUUUUUUGUGGGUACUGUUUGUUAUGACUGGGUAUUGAAGGUGAGGAAGUGAGAUUUGUUAACUAAUGAUCUACUUUCUUGGACGAAAGGAUUAUUUUGAUUGUCUAUGUUCCUUUUGAACUUCUUAACAUAAAACAGGAAGUGCUAUUAAAAAAUAUUGUUCAAUGUUAGCUCUCAACAUUUGUAGUUCAUUUGUCUCUGAUUAAAUAUGUGGUCAAGAGGGCAAUUCCUAGAAAAAAGAUGUACACAGGUCUGUAUGAUGUGGUAUAUGCCAGAGAGGAAACUAAACCUCUGGUUAAGGCUACUGCUUUGUGCAAGCCAACAGCAAAAUCUAUGUUAUGGGCACGAACCUGUGUACUAGGAUUUGAGUAAUUGUCAUGAUUGUCGAUUCGCCAAUCCUGUUGCAGGAACUUUCAAAACACACUUCUGGUAAAUCAUCGAGUCCAUCCGAGGCCCAGAACAAGGUUCUCUCCAAUGCUUCGCAGAUGUUUACAGCGAGGGUUAGAUCACGUCCAAGACUUACUAAGGCUAUUUAAGGGAAAUAUAUCAGAGGGAAUAUGGCAUUGUUCAUUUGCUUAAAAAGUUCAUGUCACAAGUGUAAAAAAUGUCCGUUGUUCACAGUAGAAAGUUUAGUGAUUGAACAGUUUGGUUGAGGUGUCCAAACAAUACUUCCCUUUUGUUUUGUAAGAGGGUUCAGGGUUGUCACUAAGAAUGGUGGGGAAUCAAACAGUGAAGGAUUUCUUUUGGUUCUAUUUUUCCUCUAUUUCCCUUUGAAAGUAGCCGGGGGCCACAUUCAUAGUAGCGGAGGGAAAUCCCCGGCCCCCGCCUCUUAAUGACAGCCCUGGGGUUGUAGUAUAGUUAAGACACAAUCGUCAUUGGUAACAGUAUAAUGUGGAUAAUUACCAGAAGAUAAACAGCAGCUUUGUAUGCUUCACAUAUUUGAAUAAAAUGUGAAUAUUACUAUAAAUUGUACAGUACUGGGGCAUUCCCAGCCUUUUUGAAAGAAAUGGGAUUGGGGGCUUCUGGCUUUUCUGAAAUUAGUCACUGAAGAAAAAUUAAUCAUAUGGAUGGAAAAUUCUCUCAAGUACAAACUGCGGCUAUCUUGCAGCUUCAUGUACUUGCAAUUGGCAAACUUACUCUUGCUAAACAUGUGUUUUGAAUAUCAUAGA